UCAACCAGGCUCUGUGCCAUGCAGGAAAAAUCUCACAAAAUAUUAUCUCGUGUACAGUUCAGUGUGACAUUAAUGCGCAGUUCUGGACAGAUCGAUUUCGUUUUCGGUUUUAAAGCUAAUAUUAGGCCUCUCAGGUUUUUUUUCUAGGGAGGAAGUGAGCGAGGAAGAUACAAGGUAACAGGUGUUCUGCAAGUUUUCAAUUGAAGGGAUGACUGCCAUAGAGUCAACAUGAUGACAAUGUCUGUAAAUCCCAAGAGCUUUAUUCAUGAGCUUCCUGCUAAAGUGUAUUUAGACCUUGAAACAACACUGAAUGAUGGAUAUUGGAAGAAAAUGGCACUUCUCUGCAGAAAUGGUCUUGGCAGAUGUGUUUUUAGUACUCCUCAAUUAUUGGAGAUAGAGAAAAGCAGUUCCCCCGGGAGAAAACUCCUUGAUCACUUCAAGCAACACAAUAUGGAGGUUCAGGUUUUGCAAAAGCUCUUGAGGAGAUUGCAGUUAUAUAAUAUCCUUGAGAAUAUUGUAACUAAUGUUCCAGUGUCGAUUCUGAAGCCUACAGAAGGUGUCCAAGAGAGCUUUGAGAUUGGCGAGACAGUGCACUUGAUGAUAGAGGCUGAAGGUUCCCCAGAGCCAACCUUUGAAUGGACACACAAUGGCCAACCAUGUCCUGGCGCAGUAUCCAGAACUUUUGAAAUAUGGAAUUUCAGCCCAGAGACUGAGGGGGAAUAUGUGUGUCAUUUGACACAGAACAUUGGAGAGGACACAAUACACGUUUCUUCACCUAAGUUUCAGUUGUUGAUGAAGAAAGCUGUGCCAAAGAUAGAAGUUGACCUGGAAGAUACAUUUUUAGAGUAUGGAGAGGAAAUGAUGUUAUCAUGUAAGGCGGUUGGGUGGCCAAAACCAAGUUUUAAGUGGUAUAAAGACUGCCAUCUAUUGAAAGGUUAUACGGAAUCAACAUUGAAGAUAACAAAUGUGGAUCUUUUAGUGUCUGGGUCGUACUACUGUGAAAUUAGUAAUGAAGUUGGACAGAAAUUUUCCCGGGUUGUGACAGUGAAAGUUUCUCCUCCUUGCUUCGCCCCAGAGAAACCGAAGAUCAUCAGGCAGCCCCGAAAGAAAAGUUCUUAUGGUUUAGACGAUCGUGUUGACCUCUCCUUCGAAGUCACUUGCCGAUAUGACGUUGACUUUCAGUGUUUUGUGAAUCAGAAUAUUGUCACAGAUGAUCUCUUGACAACUUCAAAAAAAGGUGACUAUUACUGCUGCAAUCUUCAUUACAUCCUUGAUAGAGAGGAAUGGGAACGGGAAGACAGAAAACCCUUCCAAUUUUGCUUUCUAGCCAAGUCUCCUGGAGGUGUUGUGAUGUCCAAUGUAGUGGAGAUCCAAGUGGAAAUCAACUUUGAACCAAAGAUUUUCACCGCUCGAAACAAGUUUGCACUUCUAAUUUGCAACUCAGAAUACCCAGGAAAUGAACUCAGAACUCCACAACUGGAUGCAGAGAUGCUAGCAAGAGAACUUGCAAUGCUACAAUUCCAUUGUUUUAUAUACAGCAAUGUCACCCGUUCUGAAUUCCGGAGUGCUGCCAGACUGUUCUCUGAAUACAUACAGAAAGGAGAUUAUGCUGUGUUUUAUUUUGCUGGCCAUGGUUUCCACAAUAAAGGGAUUGACUAUAUGAUGCCAAUAGAUACAUCGUCAAAAUAUGUUUACCAAAAUGGAAAUCUGAGGUUGCCCCCUGAGAAAAUUCCAAAUAUGGAAGACUGCGUGAAAAGCACCUGGAUAUCCAAUGUCAUCCAGGAGUCAAAGCCUGCUCUCCUCUUCUCCAUCUACGAUGCUUGCCGAAAUCUGCUGGGUCACUGGAGUAAUGAGUCAGAAGUGACAGACACCUUUAAAAUUGCAGAAGGAAAUUCAUAUACUUUGUAUUCAACAUCAGAGAACUAUGGAACAAAUGAGGGUUUGACAGCUUCUCUGCUAAUGGAGAAGUUUGUGAAGCUUGUGAGAAACAAGGUGCCUGUUUCUGAGCUUGUACAGCAAUUCAGAGAAGCUUACAGUCUUUCAAGAGUGAAGAAGCAGAUCCCAAAGGCAGAAGGAGACCUCAACCAAAGAAGAUCUUUGACAGACCCACCAAAGCCUCAUGAAAUGGAUAAGGAUGGAGUACUUUAUGAAUGGGAAGCUUUGGCAAGUGUUGGUGGUGCCCAUCAGAAAGAGAUGCUCUUGGGAGAUCAAAAAAUAGAAGCGAGUGUGAAAUGUAAGCACAUGGACAUCAUAAAAGACAAGGAGAAGAAUCUGAGUAAGACAACGUGGAUUAUUACCAACUACAUUAAUAUAUCCAUCGAGUUCACCCAAGAAAGCAAGCCAGUUCAUGUAUGUAACAUUUGGAAGAAGGGGCUGACUGUUGACCUGCAUUUCAACAAUGGUGAUAAAAUAUCUACCGACCUGAAAGGGAAGGCCAUCAAUUACCAAAUACUUGAUCUUCAAAAAUUGAAGGAACCACUAAAGCUAGAGCUCACACUGAGAUAUCCUCCAGAAGGUUUAGUUAGUGUUCAAGAGUUUGAUCUUGGUUGGCCAUCUGUCUCUAAGCAAAAUGAACACUGGAAUUGUCUAGACUGAUACAUGUAGUAUGAAGUCAUUAUAUUUGCACAAAAUACUUACAUUAAUAGAAGUAUGUACAGUGGUUUAUCUGUAAAAAAUAUAUAUGUAUAUGUUUUUCUGAGGUUAUAUAUGUAAAAUAUUAUAAGAUUAUUCGAUUCAGAACAUGUCACUAGUCAGAAUUACACAUUAUAACCAUUAUUAAUACAGAGUAGAAACUUGUGAAAGAAAUAUCUUGAUCCCUAACUUCUCUGUGAUUGGUUAGAAUGUGCCAAGCAUUAUAUCAGUGUAAAUACAGUGCAUUAAAAAAUCCUGCAUUUUUCUUAACAUACCAGGCCCUGCCUAAGGACCUUGCCUCUUCUAAAAGUUACAAGACAGUGAACAGAAUAAUAAGUAUAUUUGUCUUUAUCUUAUUUUUAUUAUUUGUAUGUAGCAUAUUGUCAGGGUUUGUUUUAAGAAUCAGAGUGGUCAGGUCAACAGAAACACACCAGAGGAAACAUUUCACAGGAUUUACUUCUAAAGGGACUAAAUAUAUGUUACAUACAUAUACUGGGCAGUAUGCAGAGGAUUCAGCAGAACAGGCAAAGUCACAAGGAAACACCUAAUGACCAUACUGAUAUCCAAUGUAUGCUUUAUAUGCUCGAUUAUAAUAUUGAAUUUUGGAUUUUAUCAUCUCAAAUGUGGUUUGUUACGGUUUGAUAUAUUGUAAUGUACAGUAUCACAACUUGUAAUCAGAAAAAAGCUUAAAGUACAAACAUUAAUGAUCCCCUUGGCAUAUGCAGAUGCAGUAAUACAGUAAUUAUAUUCUGCAUACACUCAACUGAAAUGCUCACAUAUAAAUAUAAUACUAGUCUUAGGCAGUCACAAAAACACUGAUUUUUAUUUACUGUUGUUUAUUCACUCAGGCUUGUGAUAAGUACAUGAGCUGGAGUGUUAAAAGUUAGAAGCAAUGGUAAUAAAAGAGUCUUCAUGAAAAUGGGAGAUUUACAAGUGGUAAAGUGUAUUAGUUGUGGGGAGGCAUAUGUAAAUGUUUUACUCUAAGUAGUUUUUGUGUGUGUAGUGGUAUUGAUAUGAGAUUGUUUUAUUGUGCCAGAUACAGUACAAAAAUGUUAACAAAUAUUCAUAUUGUAAUAAUAUCAAUGUUGAAAACAUUACAUUAAGUGUUUGAUAAAAAUAUAUAUUGUGUAAAAUACAGUAUAGGUAGUUUGAAAAUAAAAUAGCAUUGACAAAAAAUGCAGUGGAGGUAG